GCAAGAGAAGAGCAGAAUAUUUGUUUGAAUAAGUUUCAAACAUUUACAUGAAUUUGAGUUCCAAGUUUUAUCUAAUGUGAUUAACCUGUGACAUCAAAAGUAUAAAAAAAAAAAAGCUUAUUUGUUUUCUUGACAUAUUAAAAGCUUACCUUAAAGAGUAGGAAAACAAUAUCAUCAAGACAAGAAAAGCCCAAAUAAAAAAAGCUAAAAGUCAAUUGAAUAAAUGAGUCAGUUAUUGACUUAUUGGCAGUUUGAGAAAUGUGCUUUCAACAUUAAACAUACUCCUUCAUCCAUGAUACGUGUCUCACAUCUUCUUUAUUCACAUUUCUCUUUCCUCCUAUUCUUCCUCCUCUCCGCUUAAUUUCAAUUUAUAAACUUGUCAUUAACUUCAUUUAUUUUUUUUGCAUUUUCAUAUUAUUUCUCUAUAUUAUCUGCUUUUCUGAUCCUUGCUGAUCCAUUUAAAUGGCUUCAAGUAAAUCAAAAGUUGCAAUUGUUGGCAGUGGUAAUUGGGGCAGUGUUGCAGCCAAGCUCGUCGCCUCCAACACCCUCAAGCUUUCCUCUUUCCAUGAUGAAGUGAGAAUGUGGGUAUUCGAGGAGACUUUGCCAAGCGGAGAAAAACUCUCUGAUGUUAUCAACCAGAAGCACGAAAAUGUGAAAUAUCUUCCUGGAAUAAAGCUGGGUGAAAAUGUUGUUGCUGACCCUGACGUUGUAAGUGCAGUGAAAGAUGCAAAUAUGUUGGUUUUUGUAACACCACAUCAAUUUAUUGAUGGUAUAUGCAAAAAGCUAGCCGGAAAUAUAAGGCAGGACGCGGUAGGAAUCUCCCUGAUUAAAGGUAUGGAUCUAAAGCCAGAAGGUCCAAAUAUGGUGUCUAAACUCAUCAAGGAUAGCCUUCAAAUUGACUGCUGUGUUUUAAUGGGGGCCAACAUUGCUAAUGAGAUUGCUGUGGAGCAGUUUAGUGAAGCAACAGUAGGAUACGCAGAAAACAAACCGACUGCAGAUGAAUGGGUGCGGCUAUUUAACACUAACUUUUUCUCUGUGUCAGCGGUUCAAGAUGUGGAAGGAGUUGAACUAUGUGGCACCCUGAAAAAUGUUGUGGCUAUAGCAGCAGGAUUAGUGGAUGGCCUAGAGUUAGGAAACAAUACAAAGGCUGCAAUAAUGAGAAUUGGCUUAAAUGAAAUGAGAGCCUUCUGCAAGAUGCUGUUUCCCUCAGUUAGUGAUGCGACCUUUUUCGAGAGCUGCGGUGUAGCUGAUCUUGUAACCACUUGCUUGGGGGGGAGAAACAGGAAAUGUGCUGAGGCAUUUGCCAAGAAUGGUGGCAAGAGAUCCUUUGAUGAGCUUGAAGCUGAAAUGCUGCAGGGCCAGAAGUUACAGGGUGCAUUAACAGCCAAGGAGGUUUAUAUUGUUCUAAGCCAAAGGGGAUGUCUACAGAUGUUUCCACUGUUCACUACAGUGUAUCAUAUCUGCUCCGGCCGUCUUCCACCAUCAGAUAUUGUCAGAUACCGAGACCAUGUGAACAUUUCAGCCCUGUAGGAGGCACAUUCAGCACUAACCAAGUACCCAGAUGUGUUAAACCUGUAAAUAAGUAGCAUUUGUGCAAAGUUUUGUAACAUAAUCAAUUUCAGUUCUCAGAUACCAAUAUAUGAUGUAUAUCAAAGUUAGCAUAAUACGCCAGAUAACAUAAAUAUGUAGAGAAUAAGAAAACUAAUACUAUCUUCGUCCGUUUUUACUUGUCAGACAUUUUGCACGUAACUUAA